CGGCAAUCCCCCCUGCUUUUCUGGCUAUCUGACUGGCUUCCUCAUCUUUCGCGCGCUCAUACGCGUGAUGAACCAAUCUAAAGAAAACAUGGGUAACGCUCCGUCUUCGAAGCCUAUUAAGGUGGAGCCCGCAGAGGCCCGCAUUGCUCUCAGUGCGACCAAAUCCAAUUUCAAAGCGAAGGAUGAGCCUUCAGAUUCCCACAUACUCUUGCACAGCGUAAAACGCGAGCCCACGUCUCCCGUAAAGAUAAAGACAGAUCUGAACCAAGAUUCUGAGAUGCCAGAAGCUCCUUCUCUGGAGGCAGAAACGCAGCACGACGACGCUACACAUCCCAAGCCCGUUAUCACUCCCCCCGGCGGAUCGCGCUCCGCCCCGAUAACCAACACCGACUACACUGUAUACAAGACCGGAGAGUUCGAAUAUGACCCAGAGGUUGUGCUGAAACAGGGUAUCAAGAUGGUCAACGCGUUAGACGCGAAGUUGGAAGCCAUGGAACUGGGCUCUCGUCGUAAGGACGUCUGGAGAAAGAACGUGGAGUCCCUACGUAGUCAAGGGGUACCCACGACGCUUAUCGCUAUAUGCACGGGAGCUGGAAAAUCGUCAAUCCUCAACGCCAUCCUGGACAAUAACAUUGUGCCUACCAGUGGCAUGAGAGGUGAUUCCAAACCUCCUCCCGAAUGUUUAGCGCUGAUGGUUCUCCCAGCAUGCACGGCCGUGGUCACAGAGAUCGCAUACCACAAGAAGAAGACGAUUGAUGCCGACGUCUCUUUCCUGGCCGAGCUGAGCUUAAUCUCCUCCUGGACGAUUUGGUCGAUGAGAUGGAACACCGAAAAGAACAACGACCUCGCAAGCGAUGCUGGUAUUGCAUGGUCGAAGGUGCAGGCCUUUCAACCUGUAUCGAUUCCUGUUUCUCACUGUUGGGGAGGUCCACGCUGUUUAUCCCACUUCAACAUCGAGCGGCUGAUCAAAAUGACCCCGGAUGAAAUCAUUGCUAAGGAUCCGAAAAUUCAACGGGUUCUAGGGGCGACCAAGACUAUCUCCGCACCGAACUCAAAGGAGUUUUCUAUUGAGAUUGCGAAAUAUGUUGAUUCGAAGGAUCAGCGGCGGGGCAAAGACAAGGACAAGAAAGACAAGAAGAAAGAUCCCAACGCUCCUGCAUUUUGGCCGCUGAUCAAGCAGGUCAAUGUUCGUUGUUCUGCCGCUGCACUGUCCACCGGCGCAGUCCUAGUUGAUCUACCGGGUACUGGGGAUGCGAACGCUGCUCGAAGUAGGCCAACCGCUCCCAUCACUGGAAAAAAAACUGAGGCAUCUACCAGACUCUAUUGCGAAAGCCUACAUGAAGAAGAGCAACUUCAUUUGGAUACUCUCUCCCAUCCACCGUGCCGUGGACUCGAAGAUAGCCAAGGAUCUUCUCGGGGAUGCAUUCCGAACCCAGUUAUGAGUGCGUUCGAGCUCUCCAUACUUUCCUCGAUUCAGACUAACGUAUCCUGCCCAGUGGACGGAGGAUAUGACGAUCACACCAUCACAUUCAUUGCAACGAAAUGCGAUGACAUCUCCUGUUCAGAAAUCAUCAACAACUUACAGUUGGACGGCGAUCCAGAGCUUGAGGAGAUCGAGGAACGUCUUGAGCGCGCGGCUGGUGGCAGCUCAAAGUGGAAAAAGGCGAAGACUGCUGCAGAGAAGGAGUGCAAGACUGUCGACAAGGAAGUCAAGCGACUUCGUGCAAUCAAGAGUGAAUGGCAGGCGCGCUUGGAAGCUUUCAAGGACGGUGUACAUUUUGAGCCCAAGCUGACUGCGACCAAGACUCCUGCGACCAAGAAAGAAAACUCCAACAAGCGCAAGAACAGACGCUCUGGCAAGAAAGGAUCUCCUAAGCGUCGCAAGGGGAGUGAUGACGACGAAUCGGAUUUUUCCGACGACAUCGAAUCCGAUGACGAUUCGAGCCUUGAUAGUGACUCAGAGAAGGAAGACUCAGACAAAGAUUCAGAUGCCGGAUCUGGUUCCGAUGACGGCUCUGAUACUGACUCCGACAAAGAUGGAUCCGAUUCUGACCAUGAGGAUGAAAACGAGAAUGAAAUUACCGAAGAGUUCCUUCGAGAGAUGAUCAAGGAAGCCAACGACACCAUCACGAGCACGCGUCAAAAGCUCUCCGAGGCGCGAUCCGCCAAGAAGGAGGCGAGUGAGCAAUUGGAUGCGGCGAAGAAGGUCGCGAAGGAUGCUCAGAAGGAGAAGAAUGCAUUCUGUGCUCGGAAGCGCUCAGAGUUCUCGUGCGAUGUGUUGAAAGAAGACUUCCGGACUGGCUUGAAGGAGCUUGAUGAUGCUGCCGCCGAAGAACGUAACCCAGACACUUUUGACCCGACACAAAAUCUCCGAGACUACGGUGCCGUUGAUCUGCCCGUGUUUACCUGCUCGAGCCGUGACUACGUGCGUAUCACAAGGCAGGUGAAGGGUGAUGGCGAGCCGGCCUGCUUCACGAACAAGGAGGACACUGGAAUCCCCGCCGUGCAGGCCUGGUGCCACACGCUGACUCGAUCGGGUCGUGAUCGAGCAGCCAAGUCGUACAUCACCCAGCUCUCUCAAUUCGCGCGAGACAUCCAGCACUAUGUCGAGGGCAUCACAACUGUGACUGCAUCGGAUCGCGACUCGCUGCGCGAGCAAUGGGAAUCGGUCCAGCAACCAGACGACCAGGCCAUGUACGACGACGAUCCUUUUUCGGCGCUGCUUGGAGGGGGCAGCUUGUACAGGAUGCAUGCUAGACCCAAGGUAGACCAUCAUGGCAAGGCCGUGGGCGUUGCCCCGAGGUUGCAAGCAGAAUUCAGUCAAGUCAUCGAAGCGACUGUCACCCAACUUCACGAGCAUUUCAAGACUGGUCUCGAGGAGAAGUGCCGUUUGGGUGCCAUCAAUGCUGCUGAGAAAGCAGUGAUCACGUCCGACGAGUUUGCUGCGUCGAUGCACUGGGCCAGCUACCGAGCGACGCUUCGCCGUCAUGGAGAGUACCGACGCGAUCUCAAUGCCGAGCUCCUCAAUCCGUUCACCCGGAAUAUCGCCCAGACCUGGCAGCAGGUGUUCGAAGCCGACGUAUUUGAGACGCUCUUGACGUCCAUCAAUGCGCGGAUCAAUGCGCUGGUAAACGAGGUGGAGAUAUCUGCUGCCGCUGGGCUCAAGGAACGCGCUCGAAUCCAGGGCGACAGCUGCAUUCAGUCUGCGCGUGUUGCCCUGGAUCAGACAGUGUCUAGCUCCUCAUAUCCAGGCAGAGCUCAGCGAUGGAUACGACCUUGCAAUGGAGGAACGGGCACUGGCUCUGUGAAACGACAAAAGGCAUCGUUCCACACGUUCGUAGCCGAGAACAAGCACGAAAUCUUCGAGGAUGGUGCUGACGUCAUCAUGGACCGGCUAGCGGCAGCCGCUGAGGCCGUCGGAACUGCCCUCCAAGACGCUAUGAUUAACCUCGCCGAGAAAGUCGAGAACGACUUGGCCGUGUUAUGGGAGCACGUCCACGUCGAUCCCAAACAGAUCACAGCCCGUGCUCAAAUCGUCAUCGAAAUCACAAGUGUUCUCCACCAGCUCUCGUUGUUCAGCGCUGCUGAAGCCGCCCACCACGGCGAUUUCUCGAAGGCGUAAAUCUAGUCGGCGAAGGUAACGACGAUGGCAAACUAAAUAUUGUCUAACUACCCUAUUCCUUUCUAUAUUCUACUGUACUCCUGUGUCUUGUUCUGUUUGUUAUCUGUUUGCUCUACACUUCAAUUAGCACUUGCUCCAUUCCACAACACUCAUGCUUAGACUGCCGCGACUUUGUCGCGCCAUUGCAACAGAAGCAACGCAACAUAAUUCUUCCUCGUCGCUACUCCCCAUUGUCAUCUCCAAAGAGCCGCGUACUAGCCAGUUUCCUCCACGAUCUCAGUCGGCAGGCCCGGAAAGCACUCUUAAAUCCAGUCCUCAAGAGCCUCCUCAAGAACUGGUCCGGUCCACACCUCUAUCACACGCGUCCGGGUCAGACCCUGCUUCUGCAAGUUCGAACCUCCCUUCGACGCACCUCGACUCCCUCGCGUCAUCGUACGGAGGCAUCCCGCCCUUCCAUACGCACGCGUUCUUCAUCGCGCUGGAAAAGACUUUUCCGAGCACAACUGCGCGGAGUCUCAUGCGGGCGACAAGGGCCCUGUUGGUCGACCGGACAGGGAGGGUGCGCAGGGAGGGACUGACCGUGAAGGAUCUCGACAAUCAAGCAUAUCUAUUCCGUGCCGCGCUGUCCGAAAUACGCGCGGAAAUACAGUCUAGUACGAAUAACGACUCUGCGGCGAUGCGCACGGCUACCUCCGCGCUGCGCAGGGAGGUGGACCGAUUGGAUAUCAAGAUGAAGGAGGAUCUGGCCACGUUGAAGCAUGAAAUUCAGAUGGAACUAGACAGCCGUAAGAAUGAAGUAAAUGCCGAAAGCAAGGAGCGGGACAUUGACAUUGAGGAACUGCUCAAUAAGUCCAUCGUAGAAGUCAGCGACAUGAGGACGGUGGUCGAAGAAAUCAAAUGGGAUAAUAUGCGGCGGGCCGUGGCCACCUUGUUUGGCUUCCUCGUGGUCAUCGUCAUCGGUAUGGAACUGAGGCCAAAGCCAAAGCCUACGCCCACACCAUCAUCGGCGUCCAAUUCAACCCAACCUCUAUCCGCAAGGGACUUGAAACAGCCUCUGCCAGAGGGGCUCGACGAAUGGGCAACCUGACCACCGCAUACACUAAUGGAGAAAGUAAUGUAUGAAAGACCCUUCCUAGAUAUCUACACAUACUGUAUACCAGCAAUUUACACCCUGUACAUUCAACUCGAAAGAAUCCGAUCUCAACUAAUGUCAUCGCCCUACUUGACGUCAAGCUGUGCUAGUUUCGCGGUCAGCGCCUCCUCGGGUGCAGCCGCCCAGUUGGGUCGGUCGGUACUGUGCGCAGAAUUCGAAGUCGAGGUGGGUGGUGCAGCUUUCGCUGGUGCAGGUACAGGGGAGGGAUCCUCCUCAGCAUCAUCCUCCCAAUCCUCUGCUACGACUUCCUUCUUCUCGUCUCGUUUAGCGUCCCUCCGCUUCGCAUUCUUCUUAGCGCUCUUGCUCAGCGGCUUCGCCGUUGCCGUCGUCUGCGCAGCGGUAGGCGGGACCCAGCCGAUGAUAUGACCCUUGGGCAGUGCAUUGGCGUCCGCUUGCGCCUGGCGCGUGCCUGCCUCGCGCACAUCAUCAGCUCCGGGUCCCACGUGCGACAGGUGAGAUCGAUUAUCGCAUCACGCACCCCGAAAUCGGCGUACGUCUUCCUGCGGAGUAAACCCAGGACGGAUUUUGAUUUGUUUCCGGACACUGCGGGCGGUUAGACUCGUCAAUUAAUCAACCUGGGGGACGAGCACGCGGACGCACGUUCCAUCGGCGCGUCUCGAUUCAGGAAUGACGCGGUCAAGCGUUUGCGGGUCGACUGUGAUGCCUGCAGCUGUUUUCUGGGGAUUCAGUGGUGGCAGGGACAUGGUAGCAGAGUGAUCAGUGGUAUUUAGGAUUGUUGUGAUCGCGAUCCGAGAUUUGAUCUUUCCCUCUCCCGCCCUCUCUCUUCCUGGGAUACUUAUCUCAGCUGAGACUCGACUGACCCGACUGAGCAGGAUUGUCUUGUCUUGAAACACAUCUGCGAUGCGGUAUGCGGUACUCGUGACUGGCCCUGCGGGUGCUGGGAAAACUACUUUCACGGGCGCCUUCAUGAAUCACCUAUCCGUCUCGCGGCGAACCGCUCAUCUCGUGAAUCUCGAUCCUGCCGCCUCGCCCGGCAGCUUCGAAUACGAGCCCGUCAUUGAUAUUAAGGACUUGAUCAGUCUGGAGGAUGUCAUGGGGGAACUGGACUACGGUCCGAACGGCGGGCUCGUCUACUGCUUCGAAUAUCUGCUGCAAAACAUGGACUGGCUCGAAGAAGAAUUGGGAGGUUUCGAGGAUGACUAUCUCAUCUUUGAUUGUCCCGGUCAAAUCGAGUUAUACACACACCACCCUUUCCUUCCGACGCUCGUUCAAAAUCUGACUCGAAUGGGAAUACGCACGAGUGCUGUAUAUCUGAUAGAGUCGCAAUUUAUGGAGGACAAAUAUAAGUUCUUCAGCGGUGUCUUGUCAGCCAUGUCUGCGAUGGUCAAUCUCGAGAUACCCUGGAUCAACAUCAUGUCCAAAAUGGAUCUGGUCACCUCAAACGCCGAAGAUCCUGCUAGCGGAGCUCGAAAUGGCCUACGAGGGAGACGAAACAUUGCACGGUACCUGGAUCCUGACCCCCUUUUGCUCGUGUCGGCUCGAGGGCAAGAAGGCGACCUGGCGAAUCCACGCUUUCAUGCGUUAAACCAAGCCAUCGUACAGCUUAUAGAGGACCACCCCCUUGUGUCAUUUUUACCUCUCGAUCUGUCGUCUCCAGAUUCGCUCGAGACUGUUAUUAGCCACAUUGAUUACACGAUGCAAUAUGGCGAAGACGAAGAACCCAAGGAGCCGCACGAUCUAGACGACGGAGAUUUCCAGGACUUGGAGUAGAUACAAAAAAGCAUGGAGCCACUGGCUCCAAUGUCCGUAAUGUCCCUCGCUAUCGCACUGCCACACCGAAAGCACAAAUGACGCAUGUUGAUUGAUCCUUUGUUCGCAUAAAACCUUGGCAGCCUCUGCUUUCUCCACAACCCCCAUGUCCUACUAUCCCGCCACCCAACCGUCGUACGUACAGCAGCCUGUUAUCUAUGCCAACAGCGGGCAUGGGCACGGGCACGGGCACCACCACCGCAGCCAUCACGGUCACGGCCGGGACUACUCCGUCGGGUACCCUGCCACCACUAGUGCGUACGGGGGUCAGAACGUCGUCUAUGUCCCUGGGAACGCUGGCACGCACCGCUCGCAUCGCACCACUGUGAUACCCGCUACGGUGGUUACUGCUCCCAGCAGCCAUGGGCAUGGCCACAGGAGGCACCAUCACCACCACGACACUGGAAGACACCACCACCGGCGUCGGCAUCACGAAACGUACGAGACGGGCUACAGGCCAACUAUCGGCGACCGGAUCCGUGCGUUCUUCGGGUUCGGACCCAAACAUUAUCGGCACAAGUCGAGCAACAGCUCGUGGGGUUUCU